ACGAGAAUGUCCUGAAAACCUGUACACACUUUCGCUAUUCGUUCCCUGCAUACUUUUUUCGAUAUCGAAAACUAGAGACGGUCGUCGUUCGAGGGUGUGAAAACUAUAAUCGGAAAAAUUUAGUGCGCAAUGUAGCGAAAUGCACGUGCAUUUCCUUAUCGAAAUGAUGACUAGAAAUUUUUGCACCCACACGGUGGCCGGUCCCAAUGGUGAAUUAUUCGUAACCCAAAAAACUGAAUAUUGGGGACAAGUGUUAGCAUCUCUGGCAGUUUCUCUAGGACCUUUAUCGGCUGGACUAGGUAAAGGUUAUAGUAGUCCUGCGAUUGCUUCUCUUCAACAAAGCGACGCCGAAGCGUUCCCGGUAACCGGUCAACAGGCGUCUUGGUUAGCAUCGCUGUCUCUUCUAGGAGCUCUAUUUGGUGCGCCAGUAGGCGGUUUGGCGGUUCGUUGGGGAAGAAGAAGAACCUUAGUAUACGCUGGCGCUCCACUAUCGAUUUGUUGGAUAAUCACAUUAUUUGCUGUGAGUGUGGAAGUCAUGUGUUUUUCGGCGUUUAUUAGUGGGUUUUUAGUGGCGAUCGUCCAAUUAAGCGCGCAAGUUUACGUAAGCGAAAUCGCCACGCCAUCUAUUAGAGGCGGUCUGAGCGCAGUACUCAAAAUAGCAGGUCACGUUGGAGUGUUAGUAUCUUUUAUAGCCGGCGCUUUCUUGAACUGGAGACAACUAGCGGGUUUUAUAUCCGUAGUACCCGCUUUAAUGUGCGUGGUUCUACUGAACGUUCCCGAAAGUCCCGGUUGGUUAGUGUUACGAGGUCGUGACGAUGAAGCCGAAAAAGCACUUCGAUGGUUUCGAGGCGAUACCGCCGAUCUACAAUUAGAAUUAGCUUUACUCCAAGCUCACGUCCUUUCGAGACCAAUUCCGAAAAAUCCGUUACUACUUUUUAAAACUUUAAAAAGUCCCGCUUUGAUAGCUUGCGGCCUAAUGUUUUUCCAACGAUUUUCCGGUGCGAACGCUUUUUAUUUUUACGUGGUGAGCGUGUUUAAAGAAACCUUCGGUAAUACGAAUCCUCAUACCGCCGCCGUAGCUGUAGCGCUAGUACAAUUAUUAUCAUCGUUGUUAUCAGGUUUAUUGGUUGAUUCGGCAGGUAGAUUACCCUUAUUGGUAGCUUCUAGCGUUCUUAUGACAAUGGCCUUGGCCUCUUUCGGGUCUUUUGCUUAUUACGAAGAAAUUCAUCAUAAAUCGGUACCUAAUUUAGAUUGGAUACCUCUACUCUGCGUUUUGGUUUUCACCGUGGCGUUUUCUUUAGGUAUCAGUCCGAUUAGUUUACUUUUAGUUAGUGAAUUAUUCUCUUUAGAACAUCGUGGUUUCGGUACCGCGUUAGCGACUGGAUUCAGUUAUUUUUGCGCUUUUGUUGGAGUUAAAACUUUCGUGGAUUUCCAGGAACUGUUAGGAUUAUACGGAGCUUUUUGGCUCUACGCUUUUAUAUCAAUAUGCGGGCUGUGUUUUAUUGUUUGCUGUGUACCCGAGACCAAAGGAAGAGAUUUAAAUGAAAUAGAUACUGCUAGGUGAUCCAACGCUAUGAGACAGAUGCAUAAAGUUUCGAUUAGCAUUGUAGAAAGGUAUUGCUAGCGUAAAUUUUAAAUUGGUGUAUACGCAGCUUUCUUUUCGAGGCUCUUUCAUGCCUCUAAACUUGCCGCCAGAACUUGCUAGAAGAUAAUUAUUUUUUCGAGAUCUCAGGAAAAUUUUUAGAAAUUUAUAUUAUACUAGAAUUGAUUUGGUAACGCAUUUAGCUCGAAGCUGUUUUAUACUGUCAUUGUUAGUAGUAUUUGAAUGUAAACAAAUUUCACAACAUUCCAUAUUGAACUACUCUAAAUUUUAGUUAAAUCAUUAAAUACAAAAUAAACAUAAAGCUUCCGUUAAAAAUCAUUUUUAAGGUUCAAAUAUGAAACUUCUUAUCAUUAUAUUAUUACAUAAUCAUCACUCAAUAAGUCCUGUGACACAUUUUUUGUCGAAAAUCGUUUUUAUUUAUCUCCUUUAACAGCAAUACAAUCAAUCCAACGAUUCUCUAACUUCUUGAUUAUAUGUUUGUAGAAGGAUUUGUCUUUUGCUUCAAACUAGACUUCAGUUUCAACAACUUCUUCAUUUGAAUUAAAUUUAAUUAACGUUAGGCGUUUUUUUUGAUAUCAGCAAAUAGCCAGUAGUCAUUGGGGAUCAAAUCUCGACUAUACGGUGGAUUUGUUCAAUUCAAUUUAAGCUAUCGUUGCCAUCGACUUGUAAAUCGAUGUAUUGUCUUAAUGAAACAGUGGUUUUUUCUUAGACAUUUUUCCUUGAUUUUUGCAUUCAAACGAUCCGAAAACUCUUUUUAAUAAUCUUUAUUGCUUGUCUAUCCUUUUUGGAGAUAGUCGAUUUCCAAUAUUCCAUGUACUGGCACAAGCCAUAACCUUCCCAAUUGACUGUUGUGACUUUGGACCUAGUUCACCGGCUGCAGUCCACUUAAAUGAUGAUCGUUUUAAUUCCGGAAUGAAGUGGCGGAUUCAUGUAUCAUCUAUUGUCACAUAUCAACGUAAAAUGUAAACGAGACCAAAUACAGCCUUAGCAAUCUCACGCAAUUUCAAUUUACGAUUAGAUAGAACCAAUUCGUGUGCUUUUUUGGAAUAACCACCUCAAUUUGACGACCAAAACUUUCACUAUCAUCGGUGACUGUACAACAAACUGAUAACAAAUAGUUCUUUUCGAUGGAGCGUUUUUUGAAGCCAUUCCUGAGCUCGUACAGUAUUUUUUUCUCAACAAAAAAUUGUUUUAUAAAUAGCAAAAGUAACUUCACUUAAAUAGCUGUCACUAUAGUUUUUCGAAAGUCAUAAACGUCAUAUGGAUUUGACAGCGACAUCUGUCAUUCAGUGACACGACUUAUCUCCUUUCAAAAAGCAGUUUUUUGGAAAUUUAUUAACAGGCAGAUGUGAUGAAUAUGAUUAAAUGAAUUUUUUUGUUCAAAUGAAGACAAGACGUUCGUAGUCUCAGUUGAAAGUGUUUUAAACAAUUUGUUCAUAUAGAAUACUUUUAAUACAAAUAUAUAUUUAAUACGGAAUGUUGAAAUUCUAAACUCUAGAAGCCGGUAAAAACAUUAAUUGACUAAUUAAUAAAAGAUUUCGUAACAGAUUAUAGAGAUUGAAUUCUAUUAUAUUCAAUUUAAUUUGCAACAAUCAAAUAAUCAAAUUAAAACUUUAAACGGCACGAUUCUUAAUUGGCGGUUGUUUUUUUUUCAAUUGGUGAUAGUUUCUUCAUGUAUACUGGGUGAAUCACAAAUUUUUUCUCUAAUAUCUUUUUACACGUUGUCUUCAACAUCAUAUCAAGUCGUUUUUUUUUAAUUUCGUUUUCAAACCAGUUUAAAUUUGAGGUUAGAAAUUCAUUUAAUUUCGUUAUAGAGACUUGCUUAAUGUCAAGACACGUACAAUAUUCGUCUAAUAUAUUUCACAGGCAAUUUGUUGCACCAUGUAAAGCUGCCUUUAGAUAAACUAAAUUUAUAACAAAAAAUAUAUCAAAAUUGCAUUACAAACUUUUUUUGGUCAAUUAAUGUUCGAGUAACUCAUUUUGCAAUAAAGAUCGAGUGAAAAAAAUGUAAAACGAAUAUUGGACUUUAUUGUUAUAAUGAUCAAUUGAAUAAUUAAGGUAAAUAUCUCAAGAUUUAUAUGACGCCGGCUCUAAUAUGUUUUAAUAUUCACAGAGCGAUUAUUAUAUGGAAAGAACCAAACCAAUUGAAUAUUUCUCUAUCUCUCAUAUUUAGUACCAUCAGUUCAGUAUGAAAUAAAUGUUAUUUUGAAUCUAUUUCGAUCAAAUUUGGUUUAAAUCGAUUCUACACGUCGCAAGACAUAAAACAUCCUGUUAAACGUUACAUUAUAUUAAUUUUGAUGUUCUAUUCGAGUGAAAAGCCUUAUGUGCUUUAAUUAUCCCGUGUCUAACGUGAGCAAUUUGAUUGUUGUCAUGAUAAUACAACUACCGAAUUCAGUACAGUAAAUAUUAUCCGGUGUCUGCUUUCAUUGGUGUUGAAUGCUCACGUGACGAUACUACGUAACUUAUUUACAAUUAACAAUUGAUAGGAUAGUUUUUCCAAUAUCAAUUGCAGAUUAUAAAAACCCCUUGCCGACAAUUUUGUUUGAUCUUCCUUGCGAUUUCAGUUUUUCUUUACAAGUUUUUCGGUUCUGUGAAAAAUCUACAACUAUCUAAAUAUUCAAUGAAUGAAAAAUUACUGAAUAUUUUCCUUUUUUAAACAUUCGAAUAUAUUUAAAAUAACUGCGUUUGUAUAUCUAAAGUUUUAUUAUUAAAUUCAUACUUGUCUUUAUUCUCAAAACACUUCAUUCUCUUCAUUCGCCCAUGGUCUAAAGAACGCCAUAUUUCUGUUUAUAUAUAAGCGACGCCACUGCUUAUCGCAGACUAUCUGGCAGGAAUAUUUCGAAGAAAUUGUGUACAUACACCUUCCAAUA